CACUAUAUAUGGUCAAGUAAAACAUGUUUGGCCGCUAUUUUUGUAUUUGUUUACUUAUUUGUACAAAUAAACAAAAGUGAAGAAUGAAUAAGAGCGAGAGGGCAGAUGCCGUAGUACAUUUUCCCUUAUCACAAUAAAAACACACACAUAUACAAAGCAACAAGUGUUUGUUUUGGCAGCGGCUCAAUAUACAUCGACCUCCUAUAUAUAUAUACAUAUAUCAAACCCACUUGUGCGCUACAACAUUAACUUUAAUUCCUUGAUUAACUUUCAUUUUUGGUAAUUUACUUUUGCCGAUGACUCUCACACGCAGCAUUUACGCAUACAUGUACACAUGUAUAUCGGGAGUCAUCGAUAGCUCGCAUCUAUCGGCAAAACAGGUGUGACUCGCGUGAAAGGAAGAGGAGUAAAAGGAAAGCAUAAAAAACAGCCGAGAAUUAGCGCUUUCGGCGAGAUUGCUUAUCAAUUAAACCAACGCUGAACUCACUGGGGGGCCAGAGGGUGCCGGGGCCAAUGUCGCCACUAAGCAAACAGCAUUUAUAUCAAUAGAAAGCCACGAAAUCCGGACUCGCGCCCCAACAAUCUCUGCCGGCACCGCGAAGCAUACGCAGAAGAGGCACAGCAGCGGCAGCGGCAGCUUGGAGACUUCAGAUUUCGCUUGGUUUUUGGCUGUUACAUAACCAUGCGGUUGCUGUGGCGCAGCUUGAGAGGAUUGGUUCUGCACCACCGGCCACACAGACGCUUUCUGGCCACCAUCUCCAGCACAGGCAAUGACCAGCGGAAGCAGCAAAGUCACAAAUGGAGCUCACCGGGCAGCAGAACCGAGAGAUUGCUGUAUGCCGCCUACUGGGCAGGAGGCCUGGCCUUGGGCUACCACUGGCUAAGCGACGGGCACAAACCCCUGCUGGCUGAGGCACAGGUGGUUCCGAGCGAUGAUGAGCAAGAGGCUCGGGCUCGCCUGUGGCACAUCACCCCGAGGGCGGAUUUACCCAACUACAAGACCGACCAGGUGGAGCAGCACAACUCCGCCAAAACGGGCAUUUGGAUCACCUAUGGCCUGGGCGUCUAUGAUGUCACAGACUUUGCCGACAAUCAUCCCGGCGGCGAUAAGAUCCUAAUGGCCGCCGGCAGUGCCAUUGACCCCUUCUGGGCCAUCUAUCAGCAGCACAACACCCUGGAGGUGCUGGAGCUGCUCGAGGGUUUCCGCAUCGGCAACUUGGAGGGUGUGGAUUUGAAGCCUGGAGCCAGUGCUGCCGAGGACGAGCUGGGCUCGCCUUGGGCCCACGAACCGCAGCGCCAUGCUUUGCUGAAGCCCGCCUCCAAGCGACCCUUUAACGCAGAGCCACCGAUUGGACUCCUAGCCGAGCAGUUCCUCACGCCCAACGAGCUCUUCUACGUCCGUAACCACCUGCCGGUGCCAGUGAUAAGUGCGGAGGAGUACGAGCUGGAAAUCGAGAGUGGUUCAUCGAAGAAGAAGGACCCGCUGACACUGAAUCUGGAGGAGAUCAAGGCCUUGCCCAAGCACUCGGUAACGGCGGCCAUCAUGUGCGGUGGCAAUAGAAGAUCCGAGAUGACCAAGGUCAAGGCGGUGAAGGGUCUCUCGUGGGGCGCCGGAGCCGUGGGCAAUGCCAAGUGGUCAGGAGCUCGUCUCUGCGAUGUCCUGCGAGAGCAGGGUGUCCAGCCGGAUGAGUCCAAGCAUGUCAUCUUCGAGGGCGCCGAUCUGGAUCCUACUUCCCAUCCCUAUGGAGCAUCCAUACCCCUGUCCAAGGCCCUGGAUCCCCGCGGGGAUGUAAUCCUAGCCUACGAAAUGAAUGGCGAAACCCUAAGCCGGGAUCAUGGCUAUCCCAUACGGGUAAUAGUGCCUGGGACAGUGGGAGCACGCAAUGUCAAGUGGCUGACGAGGAUCGUGGUAGCGGAUAAGGAGUCGGACUCGCACUGGCAGCAAAACGACUACAAAGGCUUCAGUCCAAGCACAGACUGGGACACCGUGGACUUUAGCAAGUCGGAUGCCAUCCAGGCGAUGCCAGUCACCUCGGCUAUUUGUACGCCACAGCCGGGAGCCAGGGUGAAGCCGGAUGACGACGAUGGUCACAUCACAGUCAGGGGAUACGCGUGGAGCGGCGGUGGCAGGAAGAUAGUACGUGUGGAUCUGACCAGCGAUGAGGGUAAGAGCUGGCAUGUAGCUGAAUUGGAGCAGGAGGAUAGUCCCGAUGGACGACACUAUGGCUGGUCCUUGUGGACAGCUCGCCUGCCCAUCUCUGAAUCCAGCGGUAGUGAUGUGGAAAUCUGGGCCAAGGCCGUUGAUUCGGCGUACAAUGUCCAGCCGGAGAAGUUUGAGCACAUCUGGAAUCUACGUGGCGUGCUGGCCAAUGCCUAUCACAAGGUUAGGGUUAAGAUUGCCUAGAUUUAGCUCUAGCUCUGGCCAAGACUUCCAGUUGAGGAUUCUUCUAAUUGUUAAGAAAUAAAAGACAAAGAAAUUGAUCCCUUAA